GGCUUCAGUUCCUCCCAGCUGUUUAACCAGGGCGUUUGCUAUACAUAUGACGAUGUUAUCUUCCACCCGGGUCAUAUUUUCUUUGCCGCCCACGAGGUCGACCUUUCCAGCAACGUCACAAAAAACAUAUCCCUUCGCGUCCCAAUUGUCAGCUCGCCAAUGGACACUGUGACGGAGGCAGAAAUGGCAAUAACCAUGGCAUCGCUGGGUGGUAUGGGAUUUAUCCAUUACAACAACACCGCGGAGGAGCAGCUGGCGCAGGUCCUCAAGGCUAAGUCACACGUCCCCGGGUUCAUUGUCACCCCUGCGGUCGCUAGCCCAAGCGAUACGGUCAACAAGCUAUAUGAGCUAAAGAACACACGCGGCUUCUCCAGCGUCUGCGUGACAGAUACCGGCGCGCUGCACGGCAAGCUGCUUGGCGUGGUGACCACGCGCGAUAUUGACUUCAUCAACGACAGGUUGACACCCCUCAGCGAGAUCAUGACCACGGACCUCAUCACGGCGCCGGAGGGCAUCACCCCUGAGGACGCCGCAGCUGUCUUGAAGAAGCACAAAAAGAACAAGCUGCCGAUUGUGAACGCCGCCGGGGAGCUCGUCGCCCUCGCCACACGUGGCUACUUUAAAGACGCACGCAGCUUCCCGGCCCCAGGUGCGCCCUCUGUGGACGGCAACGGCAAGCUGCGCGUGGGUGCUGCUGUGGGUACGCGUGACAGCGAUAAGGAGCGUGUGAAGUUGUUGUGGGAGGCUGCCAAGGUGGAUGCCGUCAUUCUGGACUCUUCCCAGGGUGACUCGACUUACCAGGUGGCCAUGAUCAAGCACAUCAAGGCCGCCCAUCCUGGUCUGGACGUCGUCGCCGGCAACGUCGUCACGGGCGCCCAAGCGCGCCGCCUCAUUGAGGCCGGUGCAGACGGUCUCCGUGUUGGCAUGGGCUCUGGGUCCAUUUGCACUACCCAGGAGGUCUGCGCAGUGGGUCGCGGGCAGGCCACCGCCGUCUACCACGUCGCCCGCGUUGCCAACCAGCUCGGUGUGCCGAUCAUUGCCGAUGGCGGCAUCCAAAACUCGGGUCACAUCACCAAGGCACUUGCACUGGGAGCCAGUGCCGUCAUGUGCGGGUCGCUCUUUGCGGGUACGACGGAAGCGCCUGGGGAGUACUUUACAUUGAACGGGCAGCGCGUGAAGAAGUACCGUGGCAUGGGCUCGCUGGAGGCGAUGGCCAAAGGCAGCGAGACACGGUACCACAGCGACACGCAAAGCCUUAAGAUUGCCCAGGGCGUGUCUGGAGCGGUCAAGGAUAAGGGCAGCAUUCGGCGUACGGUGCCGUUCCUGGCGCAGGCGGUCAAGCAGGGCUUCCAGGAUCUCGGCGCCAAUUCGAUCUCCACGGCACGCGAGAUGUUGUACAACGGUUCCAUGCGAAUGGAGGCUCGUACGAACGCCGCACAAGCCGAAGGCAAUGUGCACGACAUGGUCGCCUACGAGAAGCGGCCCUGGUAA